AUGGUCAAACUGGAGUGGGCCGAAGCCCAAACGGUUGUGGCACCUCUUCUGCACUUUGCUUUUCUGCUCGUCGGACAACUGCUGGCCUGCUGCGUUACUCUUCGUUUACAGUCGUCAAUUUCAGAAAGUGAUGUUCAGGUGAUUGAUUCCAAGGGUAUGGAAGCAGCCUCUAAUCUGCCAUUGCCAGAUGCGUUUCUUCAGUUUCUCAACGAUAAUGGAAUCGAUCCUUGUAUCUAUACGGCCGCUGAUUUUCUCCCUCGUUAUGUUAGAUUAAAGCCCGGAUGUGAAGAGCAAGUCGAAGUAAUCGAAGCUGACAUUAGAUGUAAGCUUGAGAAAGUCGAAUGGUUACCCAACUUCUAUUCGUUACCGCCCCACAUUCAGAUUGCUAGCUCAAAAUCAUAUCAGGAAGGACAGAUAUACGGAAUCGAUGCAGCAUCCGGAGCUGCAGUUUCAGCUUUGAAUAUCUCACCUGGAGAUCACGUUCUUGAUCUUUGUGCUGCUCCAGGUGCUAAACUUUGCAUGAUAUUAGAACUACUUGGAAACUCAGGUUCCGUAACCGGUGUCGAUGUGGCAAGACACCGGUUAGCCGCUUGUAGAACUCUGGUCCAGAAAUACUCACUCGGUGAUCAUUGCCGUCUCUUUGUCGCUAACGGAGCUGAAUUUUCUCUCGUCCCGAUCCGUGUUGAUUCCGACAUUAAAUCUUUGAACAGGGAAUUCGGUAUGAAAGGAGAUGAGUUUUUGUACAAGGAGUGGACAUCUAGGAAGCCGUAUAAGGAAAGAAAAAAGGCGAUUAAAGAACGGGAAAAGGGCUCGUUGCAGUUGAAUCAAGACCCGGAACUGAUAUAUUAUGGGCGGCAUUCUGGGGUUGUUGGAUUGAGUAAAACCGAUUUGUUUAAAACUGUUUCAACUCCUGAGAUCUCACAAUACGGUUAUGAUAAGGUACUUGUGGAUGCAGAGUGCACCCAUGAUGGUUCAAUUAAACAUAUCCAGAAGUUUGAAAACUGGGGAUGGACAACUCUAGAGCGUCGGGUUUUGGAUGCGGAGAGAACCGAUGAUUUGACUGUUCUUCAGUUUCGGCUUUUGACUAAUGGUUUCAAGUUACUAAAAGCGGGAGGGUAUCUUGUUUACAGCACCUGCAGUUUAACUUAUGCUCAGAACGAAGACAUUGUUGAGAAAUUUCUUUCUCUAAAUCCAUGUGCUGAGUUGUUGGACAUAGAUGGUUCAGAAUGUUGGCCCUGCAAGAGUGGACGGAUACCGAAAACUUUGCGGUUUGAUCCAUUGACUUCUAGAACAAGUGGCCUUUUUGUUGCCAAGUUCACAAAACAUCCAGAAAGAUAACCAAGUUUUCAGAGCCUGAAUGGUGCCGGAAGUGAGGUUCCUAAUGGCAGAGUUUGUGCAGUUAGUUAUUGUACCAUGAACCCAAUUUAUUAGUAACUAUCCCUCCCUGCAAGAAAUGGUCAUCUGACAUGGAACAAAACAAGUGUCAAAUUAUUAUAGUAUUAAGAAAAUAGGUACAUAUUUCCAGUUUCCUGUAAAAUGUUACUCCGUUUGUUAAAAGCGUGGAGAUGCAGUUAAGACUUUCAAAAGUCAAAUGAACACUUAUGUAUUUUUGUUAUUGCAACUUAAACUUGAUGGGCUUCUAAUUUUCAA